AUGGCUACUUUCAAGUCUCAAGCUGACGCCGAAGCCGUUUCUGUCCCUGCUAGUCCCACCACCAUGUCGAGUGCUCAACAGGCUGUGAAUCUUGAGGAGCUGCCGGCCGGUUACUACCGCAGCAAAAACUUCCUCGGUUCUCUAGCUGGUGUCUGUUUGAUGGCCAUCAGUUUGUAUCUAGGUUACACCUUGCCAGUUAACAGUUUGACUGCUAUCAAUGCGGAUCUUGGCCCAGACCCCAGCUACAGCAUGAUCACCACCAUGUUCACGCUUAUUUCUGGUGUUGCUGUACUGUUGGUCGGACGAUUUGGCGAUAUCUUCGGACGUCGUUAUUUUCUAAUUGGUGGUCAAUUCCUUGGUCUCAUUGGUGCUAUUGUCUGCGCGACUGCUAAGAACGUUCCUACUGUUAUUGGAGGAAGUGCGCUCUGCGGUCUUGCAGCUUCUGUCCAAUUGACCUUUUCGUUCGUUAUUGCGGAAUUGGUACCUAACCGAAUGCGUCCUCUUGUCAACGCCGGUAUUUUCAUCACCACUUUGCCAUUUGCAGGUUUCGGGUCUUUAAUUGCCAAAUUAUUCAUUGCGAACACCGCUCAAUCAUGGCGCUGGAACUACUAUUUGAACAUCAUCACGUGUGGUCUAUCAGUUAUUCUUUUCUUCUUUUGCUACUUCCCCCCUGGAUGGGAGACCAAGCACAAAGGUCAAAAUAGACUCCAGGCUGUGAAGGAGUUUGACUAUCUUGGUUUUGUUCUCUACGCCGCUGGUCUUAUUCUGGUUCUACUCGGACUUUCUUGGGGAGGCACAUCUUAUGCGUGGAGCUCGGCACACGUAGUUGCCGUUCUUGUCGUUGGAUUCGUUUCCCUGACAGUCUUUGUCCUCUAUGAAAUCUUUGUCCCUCUCAAGCAACCACUGCUGCCGAUGUCACUGCUGAAUAACCGCGGAUACAGUGCGACCGUUUGCUCUGCACUGGUCGGAAACAUGGUAUACUUUGCUCUGAGUCUGUUGUGGCCGCAAGAAAUUGAGGCUCUGUUUACAACCGCCAACAUCAAGUCUGGUUGGUUAUCGAUAACCACUGGACUUGGAGUCAUUAUUGGAGAAAUCUUGGCUGGUGCUUUGAUGAAGCCCAUCGGUUUUUCAAAGUAUCAACUCAUUGCGUCCACUGUUCUCAUUACAGCUUUCUCCGGUGCAUUGGCCGCCGUCAACCAGGAUAGACAGGCAUAUGGAGUUGCGUUCACUGCUAUUGCAGGAUUGGCUGUCGGUUAUCUAGAGCUCAUCACCCUUAUUAUGUGUCCACUCUAUUGCAAGCCCGAGGAUAUCGGUUUAGCAAGUGGAUUCUUGGGAUCAGCAAAGCAGGUUGCAGGAACAAUUGCCACCGCUAUCUACGUCGCCAUCCUCGAUAACCGGAUCGCUACGACCCUCCCUGACGAUGUAUCUGCAGCGGCUUUGAACGCAGGCUUGCCAAAGUCCUCACUCACAGACUUGUUGACUGCUGUCUCUGCAGGCAGUGCCUCUGCUAUGGAAGCUGUUCCGGGUAUCUCAGACAGUAUUAUCCUUGUUGUUACCAGUGCAACCAAGACGGCCUAUUCCCAGGCUUAUCGUACCGUUUUCCUGGCGAGUAUUGCUUUCGGUGGACUCGCCAUCGUUGCUGCGUUGUUCUCGGUCCCGAUGGAUGAUAAGCUUAACAAUGCUGUCGCUGCAAAGCUAUCAGGAACGGGGGCCAGCGACGAGGGGUUGACUCAUAAUGAAAAGGAGGAGAACUAA